AGAAACCCACCCAUCCACCAAAUUAAAAAAAAAAAAAAAGAAAGAAAGAAAAAAAAAAAUCCUGUGGCGCGCUGCCUGGUUCCCGGGAAGACUAGCCAGCACCAGGGGGUGGGGGAGUGCGAGCUGAAAGCUGCUGGAGAGUGAGCAGCCCUAGCAGGGAUGGACAUGAUGCUGUUGGUGCAGGGUGCUUGUUGCUCGAACCAGUGGCUGGCGGCGGUGCUCCUCAGCCUGUGCUGCCUGCUACCCUCCUGCCUCCCGGCUGGACAGAGUGUGGACUUCCCCUGGGCUGCUGUGGACAACAUGAUGGUCAGAAAAGGGGACACGGCGGUGCUUAGGUGUUAUUUGGAAGAUGGAGCUUCAAAGGGUGCCUGGCUGAACCGGUCAAGUAUUAUUUUUGCGGGAGGUGAUAAGUGGUCAGUGGAUCCUCGAGUUUCAAUUUCAACAUUGAAUAAAAGGGACUACAGCCUCCAGAUACAGAAUGUAGAUGUGACAGACGAUGGCCCAUACACAUGUUCUGUUCAGACUCAACAUACACCGAGAACAAUGCAGGUGCAUCUAACUGUGCAAGUUCCUCCGAAGAUAUAUGACAUCUCAAGUGAUAUGACCAUCAAUGAAGGAACCAAUGUCACCCUGACUUGUUUGGCCACUGGGAAACCAGAGCCUUCCAUUUCCUGGAGGCACAUCUCCCCAUCAGGUACAGCAGAAAAGUAUCAGUGUUGCUCGUGCUGUUCAAUAUCUUCCUGUAACCUCACUUGUUCAGAAUCGAAACCAUUUGAAAAUGGACAAUAUUUGGACAUUUAUGGAAUUACACGGGACCAGGCUGGAGAAUAUGAAUGCAGUGCAGAAAAUGAUGUGUCAUUUCCAGAUGUGAAAAAAGUGAAAAUUGUCGUAAACUUUGCUCCUACGAUUCAGGAAAUUAAAUCUGGCACUGUGGCCCCGGGACGCAGCGGAUUGAUAAGAUGUGAAGGUGCGGGUGUGCCGCCUCCGGCCUUUGAAUGGUACAAAGGAGAGAAGAAGCUCUUCAGUGGCCAACAAGGAAUUAUUAUUCAGAAUUUUAGCACAAGAUCCAUUCUCACUGUUACCAAUGUGACACAGGAGCACUUCGGCAACUAUACUUGUGUGGCUGUCAACAAGCUAGGCACAACCAAUGCGAGCCUGCCUCUCAACCCUCCAAGUACAGCCCAGUAUGGAAUUACCGGGAGCGCUGACGUUCUUUUCUCCUGCUGGUACCUUGUGUUGACACUGUCCUCUUUCACCAGCAUAUUCUACCUGAAGAAUGCCAUUCUACAAUAAAUUUAAAGACCCAUAAAAGGCUUUUAAGGAUUCUCUGAAAGUGCUGAUGGCUGGAUCCAAUCUGGUACAGUUUGUUAAAAGCAGCGUGGGAUAUAAUCAGCAGUGCUUACAUGGGGAUGAUCGCCUUCUGUAGAAUUGCUCAUUAUGUAAAUACUUUAAUUCUACUCUUUUUUUGAUUAGCUACAUUACCUUGUGAAGCAGUACACAUUGUCCUUUUUUUAAGAUGUGAAAGCUCUGAAAUUACUUUUAGAGGAUAUUAAUUGUGAUUUCAUGUUUGUAAUCUACAACUUUUCAAAAGCAUUCAGUCAUGGUCUGCUAGGUUGCAGGCUGUAGUUUACAAAAAACGAAUAUUGCAGUGAAUAUGUGAUUCUUUAAGGCUGCAAUACAAGCAUUCAUUUCCCUGUUUCAGUAAGAGUCAAUCCACAUUUACAAAGAUGCAUUUUUUUCUUUUUUGAUAAAAAAGCAAAUAGUACUGCCUUCAGAUCAUUUCUUCAAAAUAUAACAUAUCUAGAUUUUUCUGCUCGCAUGAUAUUCAGGUUUCAGGAAUGAGCCUUGUAAUAUAACUGGCUGUGCAGCUCUGCUUCUCUUUCCUGUAAGUUCAGCAUGGGUGUGCCUUCAUGAAAUAAUAAUUUUCUCUUCAUCUCCAACUAAUAAAAGUGUUUUUGCCAAAUUCUACAAUUUGAAAGCAAAAGUAAACCGCAAUGAUAAAGUUAAACUAUAUCUUAUCUCUAAAGAACAAAGGAGUUAUCAAGCUGUAAAAAUCUCUUCCCACAUUUUGAGAAUUUUGCCCCACGAUGACUCAGUUUUGUGAUGAAAAACAAUUUAACUAACAUAGUACAGGUAAAUCUACCAUAUGAUUUCUUUAGUUGUAGCUAAAUAUUAGAUCCACUAUGAGAAAUAAUUCCCUUUAAAAUGAUAGUACAGUCUAUCCAAAGGAUUGCCUAGCAAUACAGCAACUUUUCCUUUCACUGUUCCAGGCCAAAAUUUUUAAGAUUGUUUGUCAGAAAGGACACGAAGUCCAAUUACCUAAUAUUACAUGAGUUGGUAAGCACUCAAAAUUUUUGGUUCUGUGGCAGGUAAGUUGGUAUGCUAGAUAUAGUGUUCCUGUGGAUAGGUGUAUUUUGCCUAUUUUCCCUCUGAAAACAUCACUCAGUUGAUAGUUUGGUAUGCAUAUUGUAUUUAGAAAACUCCAAAAUAUAUUAUAACAAAUAUUUCAUGCUGGUAUGCAGCAGAUCAAUCUCUGAAAUAACAAAUUCUGCAGUUAAAUCUUUCUCUAUAGCCGGUAGCUCAAACAAACAAGGCCAAAAAGAAAAAAAAAAAAAAUUACCAUGCUUUAUUUCUUCUUAUAUGAUAUAUGUAAGAUGUGUUCAAAUGGAGACCAGCCACCAGUGAUGAAGGAUAUCUUAAAAUCUACUAAUUAUUAAUUUAUCAUGGAUAUUAAAUUAUUUCUAUUAUAAAGAAUAAAAACUACAUUUUUGAAAGAAAAUGCUGUUACUCUAAGAAGCAUUAUAUUACAAGAAUAGUUUGUUGGUGUUACUCUUUACUAAAGAAAGACCAUAGCCUUGGAAGCCAUUUUACAGGUUUAAUAAAGUUACCAAUUUCACUAUACCUAGAGAGAUUUCUGCAAAUAGUUCCCUUUUGCAAGUCAUAAUAACUACAAAACACCUACUAAUAUAGUUAGAAACAAGAUAUUUCACAGAGAUUGUAUACAUUUAAGAUAUCUAAUAUUUUGCCCUGAAAGAAAUGAAUAUAAGUAAAAUGUAAGUAAAAUUUAGUCUCAAAGUACACCAUAAAUCUGUUUUAAUUAGAAAUGUGAAUCCUAGAUGAGGAGGCAUAAAUGUACAAUAUUUCCAUAAAAUGGCAAUAAUAUGGCAUAAUGCUAUUAAAUUUACCCACUGUAAUAAUUUAUUACAUUAUUUUGACUGAUAUAGGGUUUUUCUUAAACACAUAUGGCAUUUUAACUUUGAUUAUUAUUGAUUUGCUUUCUAAAAAUAUUCUUUGUGGAAUUGGUGAGUAAACUACAAAAUAUUUUUUGUGUGUAUUGCAGCUUUAAAGUGGCACACUCCAUGAUAAUCUACUUACUAGAAAUAGUGGUGCUACCACAAAAGUGUUAACCAUCAGUACCAUUGUUUGGGAGAAAGAAACAGAUCAAGAAUGCAUAUUAUACAGUGAUCGCUUUCUUAGAGUUAAAAAUACCUCCUCUUUGUAAGGUUUAUAGGGUAAAUGUGAGGUAAAUUGAGGUAUAAACUAUGGAUGAACCAAAUAAUUAGUUCAAAGUGUUGUCAUGAUUCCGAAUUUGUGGAGUCUGGUGUUUUUCCCAUAGGAUGUGACAGAAGUACAGUCAUAGCUCAGUAGCUAUAUGUAUUUGCCUUUAUGUUAGAAGAGAAUUUCUUGAGUGACUUUUUAAAUAGAGGAGGUAUUCACUAUGUUUUUCUGUAUCAAGCAGCAUUCCUAGUUGUUAGGCCCCUGGACAGAGUGAAAUCAUGAGUAUUUAUGAGUUCAAUAUUGUUCAAAUAAGGCUACAGUAUUUGCUUUCUUGUGUGAAUGUAUUGCAUAUAAUGUUCAAGUAGAUGAUUUUACAUUUAUGGACAUAUGAAACGUCUGAUUACUCCAUUUUAUCAGUCCUGAUUGUACAAGAUUGUUCCAAUUUCAAAAUAGCAGUUUUAUGAAACUGAUUUAUCUUUUGAUCUAUAACAAUUUUUCUAGCUAUCCAUUUCAGCAUUAUAUUUCCAUGGGUUUCAUUUGUGGGACUCUUUUUGUUGCCCCUGAAUUUUUUUCAAAGAAAAAUAAA